UUAACAUAGCAAAAGCAACAAAAAUUGUUUAUUUUGCUCCUCUGUUAUGGCUAAUUUGCAAGCUUUGGUCAUUGCGCUUUUUGUUUCAUUUGUUGCAUAUCAUCCAUGUUUGGUAACUGCUCAAUUCUACGAGAGCAUGUACAUCAACUGGGGAGCUCACCAUUCUUCGAUUCUCGGCAAUGGUGAAGAACUAGAGCUUGUCCUGGAUCAAUCUUCGGGUUCCGGUGUUCAGUCGUAUUCACCGUAUCUGUUUGGAAGCACUGAAAUGCUUAUUAAGUUGGUUCCAGGGAAUUCGGCUGGUACUGUCACAGCUUAUUAUCUAUCGUCUUCUGGAGAUCAGCACGACGAGAUUGACUUUGAGUUCCUGGGAAAUUCAUCGGGUGAGCCUUACAUUGUCCACACAAAUGUAUUUACACAAGGAGUCGGAAACAAGGAGCAGCAGUUCUACUUGUGGUUCGAUCCCACUGCAGAGUUUCAUAAUUACACUAUACAUUGGAACCCUACUGCAAUUGUAUGGUACAUAGAUAGCAUUCCAAUCCGUGUCUACAGAAACUACGAAAACGAGGGAAUUGCCUACCCGAAUAAACAAGGAAUGGUUGUGUACUCCAGUUUGUGGAAUGCUGAUAAUUGGGCAACGAGAGGAGGUCUUGUGAAGAUAGACUGGAACAGCGCGCCUUUUGUAGCCAGAUAUCGCGACUUUAAGGCGAGGUCUUGCCCUUGGGAAGGCGAAAAAAGCAUUUCUCAGUGUGCUGCCUCUUCACCUGAAAACUGGUGGACUUCAGACUUGUACAAGGAGCUGAGUUAUGCGAAGCAGGGUCAGAUGAAGUGGGCGAGGGAUAAUUACAUGAUCUAUGAUUAUUGCAGAGAUACGAACCGAUUUAAUGGACAGAUGCCUUCAGAAUGUAGCAAGGCACAAUACUAGUGAAGGACAUGUACGCCUCUUUGUUUUUCUGUGAGAGUUUGAACAUAUGAAUAUGUUUCUUCUCUUCUCUUUUUCAAAAUUUUUCUGUGUUCACAAUUAUAAUUGACAAUUGUUAAGACUUAUAAGUUAUCAAAGUGUUUGGAAAAUAAGUUUAAGCUGUGAAACAAACUGCUAGCAUUCUCAAC